AUGCAGGCCAUUUCCCUCGCGUUAUUUUCCAUACUCAUCCGAUUUACGAUCAGCCAGGUAAUCGAAACCGCCACCGAAAUCACCCUGCAACGGAUAGAGCAAAUCUCCGGUUUCGGAAUGUUGAAGGCGAACCUGCGGGUCACCAAAUUCAAUCGAACUUGCGCCGUCCUAAAUGGCACCGUCGACAUAUUCGUCGAUUUGGACAACAGCUACUCGUUCCAGAUGAAGGCAGCCUACAGCCGGAUGGGGAACAACCAGUUCAACGAGUACCCGAUGAAGAUUGCCGAGCGGCCGAUGUGUCACUACAUCAACGACACGUACCGGAUCUUUCAGGACAUGCUCCAUGACACCACCAAUCUGCCGCUGGUGGGGCCGGAGGGGUUGUGUCCGAUGCCGGCCGGGAACUACUGGUUCAAGCAGGUCAAGAACAUCAUGAACGAUGUGCCCCCGAUGGUCCCGGAGGGGUACUGGCGGUUGUCGUUUCUGAUCAGCGGUCGGCAGGACAUUGCCGAGCUGCAGGUGUUUGUGAGUUUAACGAAGGGAUUCUUUGGGUAA